AUGGGGGGGGGGUACUGUCUGUCCUCGCGCACGCGCCCUUUCCGGAGCUCCGCGCCCCUCGCUUGUCACCUCGCGAUCACCACUCCCACGCCCUCGCCCCCCAAUGUGGCCGCUCCACUUCCGCCUUGGCCCUCUGGCGCCGCGACACCGGAGCGUUACAACUGGACUUGUCCGAGCCGCCGCAACAAACUACAACUCCCACCAGGCAGCGCGCUGGCGCGUAUGCGCAAGGCUGAACGGCAGGAUGCGAGGGGAAAGAGGCGGGGCGUACGCAGCUCCCCUGAUGAAGAAACAGAAGUUCCCUCCCAGCUUCUUGGGCAACUGGAAAAGGAUCCAGCUCCUUUCCCUCUUUCCCAGAACUCAGCUGGAAAGUUUGUGCCCCAGUUUGCAAAACCCAGAAAAACAGUGACAAGAAGAGCAGAGAUGAAGGAAGAGGACAUUAAGAGUGGGGCUGUCGACCUGGAAAUGCCGCAGGAGCCCAGUGCCUCACAGGCAGGAAGCCAGCAGCUACAGGCAUCCCUGGGGCUUGCUCUCCCCGAGGAGGGGGGCCCAGAGGACCGGGUAGUGGCUGCUACUGGUGCCCACCCCAAGCAGCAAGGCCAGCUCUCCCCGGAGCCUGUGCCAGGCAGUGGGGCUUUUCUGCCAGUGACAUCCACCGACAGCUACCCGAGCUGGGGAUCAAUGCCCUCUGCUUCAGAGAGGGCCAGCCAGGACCAUCUGCCAGGGCCUGGGACCCAUGCUCUGGAUGGUGGAAACAAAAGCUUAGUAGAAUCCCGCCUUGUAGAGGAACAGCAGGGGAAUGGCAGGCCUGGCACACAGAAGGGUUUGGCUCCUCAGAGUCUUGGCCAAAAGGGGCCUCCACCAAGCAGUGAAUCUGAAGGGAAGGAGCUACACAGAGGAGCCCCCCAGAAGGAAGGAGAAGGUGUCCUAGGCAUCUUGGGCCCCAUUUCUUCUCCAGUCCCUGCUCAGGGCCUGAGCCCUGUGUCUCAGAGCCCAGAACCUGGGUCUGCUGCCCAGGGCUGUCCAGACCAUGUGCAAACACCCAGCAAGCCUGUUGUCAUCUUCACAGAGAGGAUCACAGACCCCACAGUGCCACCACCAGGGGCUCUGCAGGUGGCCAGGUUGGACGGGCAGGCCCCCAGCAGCGGCCACAGUGGGGCCCUGCCACACUCCUCAGAGGCUGUAGGAGGCAGAGGGGAAGCAGAGCUUGGAGAUGAGCCCCCCAGCAAUGCCCCAGGGCCCCCUGCAGCCUCCCUGGCUCCUGCUCUGGAGAAUCAAGAGCCUACAGUGGGUACUGGCGAUUCCAGCCCUCUCACCUUAGAAGUGGGUCCAGGUGUAGAUCCGAGGCAACUGUCAGGCCCUAGUCAGGAGGGGCUACGGGGUGCAUGCGCACAGCCUUCCCCGGUGGAGUCUAUCAGUGGAAAAGCAGAUGAGCCAAGCGGGAAGAGCCCUAUGAACCCUGAGCCCUCAGGUCACAGCCUGGCCCUCCACCCUGCUAGCCUGCAAGAGCAUAGAGAAGUGGUGGAUGGCCCGCCCCAGCCACCCCAGGGGCCUGGGGCCCCCGCUGCUCCCGGCCCUGCGGACCAGGCCGUCUGGGGGGGCUCUUCAACCAUGGAACUCGACUUCCUGCCAGACAGCCAGAUGCAGGAUGUCCUGGAUGCCCCGAGCUUCACAGGCUCUCUUGAGCAGCCUUCUGCAGGGAGCACACUGAGCCCCUGCUGGCCUGGCACCAACCCACCUGUCAAUGGAGGCUCCAGCACCACAGCCCAGCCAAGGACCCCUGACUCCGGGAACAAGCCCUUUAAGGAUCCUGGGCUGGAGGAUGCAACAGACACAGUGUGUGGCCUCAUCGUGGAGCUCUCCAAUCUCAACCGGCUGAUCAUGAGCACCCACCGGGACCUGGAAGCCUUUAAGCGCCUCAGCUACCGGAAGGCGAAGCCGACAGGAAAGAUGCCUGUGCCCUAUGCCUCCAGGGGGGCUGGGAGUCUCCCUCGAGGGGAGCAGCCCUGGAGAGACUUGUAG